AUGAAAACGCAAAUAGAUUUCGAAGAUCGAAUUUCUGGAUCUAGGACGUUCCUAAAAGGGCGUGGCCCAUCGCCAAGUGAACGUACGUCUGUUUACUUUCUUAUCAUCCAUCCCCCCACUCUUUAUCACUGCUCAUCUGUCUUUCUCCAUUUCUCCUCACCUCUCUUUUUCCGUUUUGUCUUCCCGAAUCUAUAUUUUCAUCUCUUUCUCCUCGGCUCUCACUUUCCCUUCAUAACAUCUAAUCUUUCUUCAUCUUUCUCUUUUCUCAGCUAUCAGUCCUCUUCCUCUCUCCUCUUCUAUCUGUUUCGUUUUAUCUCUCCUCGCCUUUUUCUCUCUCUUCGUCUCUCCCCGUCUUUGAUCAUCUCUGCUCGUUCACUUUCCCCUCACCCUUUCUCUUCAUCUCUCCCCAUCUACCUUUCUCAAUCUGUUUCUCCUCAACACUCUCCCCAAUUGAUCUCUUAUCAUCUAUAUUUCUCGAUAGUUCUCUCGUCAGCUCUCUCUUUCAUUCUCAUCAUCUUUCCCCAUAUAGCUUUUUCCUCAGCCCCCCUCUCUCUCCCCUCAGAUUUUCUCAUUCUCGUCAUUUCCCUUCAUCUAUCUUUUACCUAUCUAUCUAUCUCUCUCCUCGGCUCUCUCUUUCUCUCUCCUCAUCUAUCCUUGUAUAUCUUUCUCCUCAGUUUUCUCUCCUCGGUGUUUUUAUCUUUCCUGUCAUCUCUCUUCUACCUUUUACCGAUCUCUCUUUCUACUCAGCUCUCUCACUCUCUCUCUCUCUCUCUCUUUCCUUAUGUAUCUUGUCUCCUCUUCUCUCACAACUCAGAUUUUUCUCUUUCCUGUCAUCUCUCUUCAACAUUUUACCAAUCUCAUUCUUCCCUCAGCUCUUCUCAUAUAUCUUUCUCCUCAGCACGAUCUCUCUCUCUCUCUCUCUCUCCUCAACUUUUUCUCUUUCUCGUCACAUCUACCUUUUACCAAUCUCUCUCCUUCCUUAGCUCUCUCUCUCUCUCUCUCUGUCUUCUCAUAUAUCUUUCACUUCAGCUGUCUCUCCUCAGUUUUUCUCUUUCCCGUCAUCUCUUUUCAUACACUUUUUACCAUUCUCUCUCGUCAGCUCUCUCUCUCUUUCUAUCUCUCUCUCAACUCAUCUAUCCUCAUAUAUCUUUUUCCUCAGUCCCCUUUCGUCAGUUUUUUCCUCUUUCUCGUAAUCUCUCUUCAUCUAUAUUUAAAUCUCUCCCUCUUUCUCUCAGCUCUCUCCACAUUUCUUCUCAUAUAUCUUAUCUGUAUCUCCCUAAUUUGUAUUUUCCCAAUUCUCACUCUCGUGUGAUAUUAUUUAACUCCCUUCCUCUCUCUCUCCCUCUAUCUCUGUCUCUCUCAUUGCCCACUUCCUUACACUUGCACAAAGAUAUCUAUCUAUCUAUCUAUCUAUCUAUCUAUCUAUCUAUCUAUCUAUCUAUCUAUACAGACACGCACACAGACACACGCACACAUACAUAUAUAUUAAGUAAUGACUGCCUACACGUGUUCGAGUACCCUCACCUACUCGGCUCACUUGCUAAUGCCUGUUGCAAACACAGAUCUACGCGAAUUAAGGCACGAAGCUAUCUGGGAAAAUUUUUUUCUCUACCAUUUAUUCUUUCACUAUGUACGCUGAAGGUUUUCUUCUUCUCUUUCAUUAUUUCAAAUCUCAUCAUUUUCUUUCUUUUUCUAUUCUAUUUUCACUUAUGCGUUUACCUUUUCUUUUUUUACGAUAUUUUUCUUUCUUUCUUUUUUCUAUUCCCUGCAUCUAUUUUCUUUCUUUUGCAAUCUUCCCUUCACUCCAUCCAUCUCUCUCUCUCUCUCUUUUUCUUUCUUUCUUUCUUUCUUUCUUUCUUUUUUCUUUCUAUUUCUCUUUUAUCUCUUCAUUUUCUUUUCUUGCUUUCUUCUUUCUUUCUUUCUUUCUUUCUUUCUUUCUUUCUUUCUUUCUUUCUUUCUUUCUUCACAACUCUGUUCUUAUUUCUUUCUUUCUUUCUUUCUUUCUUUCUUUCUUUCUUUCUUUCUUUCUUUCUUUCUUUCAUCACAACUCUGUUCUUAUUUCUUUCUUUCUUUCUUUCUUUCUUCACAACUCUGUUCUUCUUUCUUUCUUUCUUUCUUUCUUUCUUUCUUUCUUUCUUCACAACUCUUUUUUCUUUUUUCUUUCUUUCUUUCUUUCUUUCUUUCUUUCUUCAGUUCCAUAAUCAUUUGGUUUCUCCCAUUCUUUCUUUCUUUCUUUCUUUCUUUCUUUCUUUCUUUCGUCAGUUCCGUAAUAUUUGUUUUUCCCCGUUCUUUCUUUCUUUCUUUCUUUCUUUCUUUCUUUCUUUCUUUCUUUCUUUCUUCCGUAAUAUUUGUUUUUCCCUUUGUUCUUUUUUUUCUUUCUUUCUUUCUUUCUUUUUUCUUUUUUUUCGUCAGUUCCAUAAUCAUUUGGUUUCUCCCAUUCUUUUCUUUUCUUUCUUUCUUUCUUUUUCUUUCGUCAGUUCCUUCCAUAAUCAUUUGGUUU